CGCUCUACAGCUGCUGCAAGGAAGCGGUAGUAGCGACCUUCUCUCCCAACAUGUUCCUCUCUCUCAUCUAAAUCUAGAACAGGCCGGCGUUUCGUAGCGGCGGUGGCUGCGGGUGUUGCCCGUGUCUGCCAAGAACGAUGUUGUGGUUGGCGUGUUUAGCAGCCACGCCUGCCGCUCUCUUGCUCACCCUGUUCGCCUACAACCGGCUGUCCACGAGAAAAUGUAGGUGCACGGCUGACUUGGACGGAAAGACGGUGGUCGUCACGGGAGCCAACACCGGCAUCGGUUACGAGACGGCCCGCGAGCUGGCGCUGCGCGGCGCACGGGUCGUGCUGGGUUGCCGCAGCGAGGAGCGCGCGCGGCACGCGGUCGAGCGGCUGGCCUCCGAGACGCGCAGCACGAACGUCGCCUGGCUGCCGCUCGACACGUCCAGCCCGGACUCGGUGCGCGCUUUCGUCGAGCGCCUGUUGCCCCUCGCGCGGGGCCGCGUGCACGUGCUGGUCAACAACGCGGCCGCUUCGGCGCCCACCGACGGCCGUCGACUGACCGCCGACGGACACGAGCUGACGUGGGCCACGAACUACCUGGGCCACUACUUGCUGACGAGGCUGCUGCUACCAACGCUGCGGGAAUGCGCGCCCUCUCGCGUCAUCAAUCUGACGUCGGUGGUGCAGCAGCUGGCACUGCAUCGACUGGGCCGACGUGCAGGGCCUUCGCAGCAGUACAUGGUCGCCCAGCCGCGCGUACUGCAACUCCAAGAGGGCCAUGCUCUCUUCUCCGCCGAGCUGGCGCGACGCCUGAAGAACACCGGUGUUAGCGCAUGCGCGGUACAUCCAGGAGUGGUGAACACGCGCGUUUCCCGAGGCCUAACGCGCGUGGGACAACCUUGGUUCGGCUUGCUGUCCACAUUGUUCGGAAUUAAGAGCGCGCGCGAGGCUUGCCAGACUACCGUGCACGCGGUGUUGGCGCCGGACCCAUGCAGCGGCUGGUACCUGUCCGAAUGCCGCGCUCAGUGGCCUGCCAUUCGCUGCCCCGAGGACGAGAGGGACGCAGGCCGCUUGUGGACAAUCAGCGAGCUGUCCUUCCCAACAUUGCCGCCAGUGGCGUUUUGAUCCAGUGUCGGUGUACACACUCGUUGUAUACACUGUACCGUCUGGACAAAGCAUGUCAUGUCGUCGGACCCUUUCUAUGCACCAGUGUGUACAACAGUGUUCUCAAGGAGUGAUGUUAUGUCACGUGCAGUUACUUCACGUGCGGUGUCCGGAUGCUACGAAGAUGGACGGUUGGUGACGCCACAAUGAACGUCCAGCGACAACGCACUUCGCCGGUUCCCGUGAAUCGGUGGACCCGUCCAAGCCUUGCCGAGAAACAACUGCGCCGAUCCCGCCCUUAGCGCGUCACCGGACGUGGUAACUUCGUGUAGGCAUGUUCCCGAGAACCCUGUGCGCGGCGCUUCCUCGAAUUGGGGCUCCUAGUUCGGCGAAGUCAAGUUUCGGGAAUCGAGUGAUAGACCAUUUAAUUGCAGCGGUACAUAUAUUAGAGGCGAAGCGCCUUGAGAUGUCGGCUUUUUGGCGUGCCAUGUUGUCGUCACAGUCCAUCAUAAACGGGUAUGGGCCGCAUAAAUGGGUAAGUCCCACUACUUGUCUCCUGUCGGUACUACGAAUAAUUAUGGGUUAAAGGUUCGUCUUUACUACCUAAAACAUUAUGUUUGGCUUAGCAGUGGUAUCAGAAUCCCCGAAAACUUUGAUAAAGGCGUUCAAGUUUAUUAAAAGACACAAAUGUGCGUCUAUGCGGUAAAAUGUAUUUUAAGCAACGCUUCUUGAAACAUAUCUUAGGAGUGAUAGUGCGUGACCGGUGGCGAGUAAAGCAGUGAAAAGUGAAGAUUUUCAGGUUCAAUGUUCCUAUACACGACCCUUGGCUACAAUCUGGUUGAAUUCAUACAGCACUCGGUAUAUAGCGUAUGGGCAUUCGGACAAUAAAGAAGGCAAAAACUCCGGGCCAGUU